UUAAAAAUAUCAAGUACAAAUGGAGCAAGAAAAGGCAAAGAUGAUCUAUAGAACACUCGGUAACACCGGACUCAAAGUUUCUAUCCUCUCCUUUGGAACAUGGAUGCCUUAUUAUGAUGAGAGCUCAGAAGCUGACAUCAUUGAGUGCAUGAAGAAGGCUUGGGAACUUGGUGUCAACACCUUUGAUACUGCUGAGAUAUACGGACACGGUACUGCAGAGACCAUCAUGGGCAAAGGUUUGAAAGCAAUUGGAGCUCAAAGAGAAGACUUAGUCAUCACCACCAAACUGUUCCGCUGUGGAAACGGUCCUAAUGAUUGCGCACUUAGUAGAAAACACUUAAUUGAAGGAGUCAAGAAUUCUUUGAAGAGACUUGACCUUGAUUACGUUGAUGUAGUCUUCUGUCACAGACCAGAUACUGAAACUUCUGUUGAUGAAACAUGCAGAGCCUUGGAUUGGAUCAUUGAGGAAGGAUAUGCAUUUUAUUGGGCUACUUCUGAAUGGACUCCAGACCAGAUUGCCAGAGCCAUGGAAAUCUGUAAGGAGGAAGACCUGCACAAGCCAAUUGCUGAUCAGUGUCAAUACAAUGCUCUCAAAAGAAACAACCUUGAGAAGGAUCUUAGACAUGCUUAUGAGAACUACAGAUAUGGAACUACUAUUUGGUCUCCUCUUGCAAUGGGACUUCUGACUGGUAAAUACAACAGCGGUGAGUUUCCAGAAGGAUCAAGAUUUCAUCCAGAUAACAAAGAUUUCAUUUAUGCCUUUUUUUACUUCGGUCAUGAUGGUAGCCGCAAAGAAGCCACACUUGAAAAGUGCAACAAGUUCACAAAAAUUGCCAAAGAACUGAGAUGCACAUCAGCCCAACUUGCAUUAGCUUGGACUCUUGUCAAUAGAGAUGCUAGCACUUGCAUCUUUGGAGCUACUAAGGUUAGCCAGGUUGAAGAUAACAUGGGUGCUCUUGAGAUAGCUUCUAAGUGGACUGAAGAGCUUGAAGACAAGAUCGAAGAGGCUCUUGGCAACCAGCCAGACCCAGAGAUGGACUACAACACCUGGGCUCCAAAGAGGCCAAGAAGAAGAGUAGCAAUUGACUAUAAUAUGCCAAAUCUUAAUGAAUAAUUAUUG